AUGGCUGCCUCUCCCUCAUUCAUCGAGCUCAUGGCCUCCCUUGGCCUCAACAGUGAUUCCAAGUCAUCUCCAGCCUUCUCCGCCAAGGACCAAAGUCCCAAUUCACCGACCUUCAACUUGUCGUCCGAUUCCUUCCGCGAUUUAGACAGCGAUCGGCGCCAUUCGUGUAAUCGUUUGAGGGCAGCCAGGUAUACGCCGUAUUUCUCUACUGGAACUUUCACCAAGCACCACAGUUUGAGUUCGCUAGUCACCUCCAAGGACGACCAAGACGAGGAACGAAAGCCUGCGUCGCCGUCCUCUUCCCCUCGGCGUAGGCCAUCCCCCCUGCGGUUCGGAAGGGACGAACCUGCUAGUACUCCUAUUUCGUCUUAUCUACGUCGCAAAACGCCUCAGAACUCACCAACAGUACCUACCUUUACUCAUCGAGAUUCCGUCGAGAGGCCGGAAACAAUAACUCUACCUUCAUUGUUCUCGCUAUGAUGUUCUUCAUGAUUCGCUUGUUUGGACAUUUGUCGGUGGCAGGUUCUUUUCAUUGGAGGCUUUCUGCACAACCAUCGCCGAUGCCAUGUGCAUCGAUUGCACGAAAGGACUCCCUUUAUUUUAGUUUAUGGACUUGCUUAUACUGACUCCCUUCUAUGCUCCUUGGAUCUCAUUUGUACAUCACUCCCACAUUCCUCCUGUGUUCUACAAUGCUGGCGCUGGUUUCUAUCUUACGACCCUGACUAAUCAUGAUCCUCUUCUCCCGGCCCCGGACAAUGCUGCUUGAGGUCGUCGUAGUCCUCGUACCGAGUUCCACACCAAAGACAGUACAUAUAUUCUUCGCGAAGGUAGGCUAGUACUAGGCUGAGUCGGUCGCCAGG